GUAGAUUUAGAUCCUCAGUUCUCAUCAGUUCUCCAGUACCUCUCAUCAGUUCUCCGGUACCUCCCAUCAGUUCUCCAGUACCUCUUACAGUUUUCCAGUGCCUCUCAUCAGUUUUCCGGUAACUCUCAUCAGUUCUCCGGUACCUCUCAUCAGUUCACCUGUACCUCUCAUCAGUUCUCUUGUCCUCUCAACACUUCUCUUGUACCUCUCAUCAGUUUUCCAGUACCUCUCAUCAGUUCUCCUGAACCUCUCAUCAUUUUUCCAGUACCUCUCAUCAGUUCUUCAGUACCUCUCAUCAGUUCUCCAGUAACUCUAAUCAGUUCUCCAGUACCUCUCAUCAGUUCUCCAGUACAUCUCAUCAGUUCUCAUGUACCUCUCAUAAGUACCUCUGUACCUCUCUCCCAUACGCUUCAUCAGUUCUACGAUACCUCUCCACAAUACCCCCAAAAUAUAUCUCUCUGCAGCUACUCAAGUAUACAAAACUCGUUCUGCUCACUACAACCAGUCUUAAACUCUCCAACCAGAGGUUUGAAGAAAGGAACUAGGUCUAGAAGUGAAGAAGGAGGAAGAAGAUUAAAAACAAAACUUGAAGACGGAGACAGAUUAAAACCUUUACCUAAAUCUAUAUCACAAGAGAAGAUCGCCGAGGUGGAUUCAGAGAUAGAAAAUUCGCAGAUGAUAUUGUUAUCCUCACGCACCCGACAUCAUAAUGAUUGUAAAGAACAUCUGCACAGUUUACAUCUAUCUGAACCAAGAAUCCCCCCUAAGGAACCUUACAACCCUGAAAUUAGAAACAAAAAUACCUCCAGGGUUGAAUGGAGAAAGAACCGAAUGAAAGCGCGGCAAUUUCCUAAACUUGCGCACGCCAGGGAAACCCUUAACACAGUGAGCGUGAAGAAAGUGCGCGGAAAGAAUGGAAUAAUAAGAGAAGAGCAUGAUCUCCUUGUGUUUGUGGACCCGGAUGAAUGUUACUUGACCCCCUCAAUGAUAACAGAUCUGAAGGAGGUGUUCAUGCUCUUCGACAAGGACGAGGACGGUGUUCUCAUCUUCCCUGAGAUAGAGACGGUGAUGAAACUCUUGGGUUUGAGACCGACAGAUGCUGAGCUGCUGUACUUGGUGAGACAGGAGACAGAGGAUAGAUCUUACGAUACUCUGGAGUUUAAUGAGUUCUUAAAGAUGCUGGGCAAACAUUUCUUAGGUCCAGUCACGAGGGAUAAACUCCUCGAAGCAUUCAGGUUUUUUGACAAAGACGAGGACGGAAUGAUCCCAAUUGAUGAGCUGCGCAACAUUCUCACCAGGCUGGGAGAAAGAAUGCCGCGUAAAGAUCUGGAAGAACUCAUGGCGCGCGCAGAUUCACACGGAGACGGUCUAAUCAGAUAUAAAGAUUUUUCUAAAAUCAUCUGCAAGAAAAGGAAAUAGGAUUAAGAUUUGAUUUUUGUCGGCAUGUUUUUAAGUAAUUUAAUAUAUAUCUUUAAUUAAAAAGAAGAAGAAAAAACUACUGAGAAAUAAUCUUGAGUUAUAAAAAUUGAAUGUUCAUUUUUCUUCACUUUUAUCUCAUAUUUGAA